AUGGAAAGAACCAUGAUGAAACAACAGAUUCAUCAUAAUUUUGCCGAAAUGAAGAAACUAGACGAGUCAAUCAAAAUCAAAAGACGCCGUCUCAUGAUCAUACCCCAAGAUUUACGAGAACAAAUUUUAAAAUAUAUUGAAGACGGGAAAACGACUCUCAAUAUUCAAGUCAAAACACGACAAAUUAAGAAAUUUGAAAAUCUCGUCAGAAAAAAUACGACACCACCAAAUAUGACAAGAAGACAGACAUCUCUUCCCAACGAAAUUCCUCAUCAUGAAAUUAAUAUGGAAAAUAGUGUGAUGAAUUUAUCCCAUCGAACGCUAACCAAUGAUGAGAAAAAAGCUCUUCAACUUGGCCUCAACUACGCCCUCCCAUAUUUCAAACACAAAGACCUAAUAAUUGAAGCGGGGAUCAACAUUGAAUUAUGUCUUCAUGAAUUUGACACCAAUGAUUCACACCAAAAUCAAGUACGAUCCGGUGUCGCAAGAAUAUUGCAUUCAGAAAUAAAUAAACCAGACAAUGUCUCGCAACAAUUUGGAUGGCUGAAACAAAUAUGCACAAAUCUCAAACAAGACAAAACCAUAAAAAUUGUCCCAGCAGACAAAGGAAAUAUGACAGUAAUAAUGAACACAACGGAAUACGAAAACAAGAUUCAAGACCUUCUUAGCGCUCAAAACUAUUCGAUCCUACCCAACGACCCCACCAUAUUAAUAGAGAAAGAAAUUCACACAUUAGCCAAAAACCUACUCAAACUUAAAAGACUAGAUAAAGAGGAAUAUAACUUCAUCAUACCAUCGAACUCAAAGAUUCCUCGUUUUUAUGGUCUACCCAAAGUCCACAAAGAAAAUCUACCUUUCCGCCCCAUGGUCGACUUCCUGAACUCAAAUUACUUCACAUGGAAAGGAACAAUCUAUAAACAAAACGAAGGUACCUCAAUGGGCAGUCCGAUAUCACAAAUUUUUGCUGAAUUUUGCCUUCAAGAACUUGAAGAAAAAUUGAUAAUCAAUAAUAAAGACAUUCCAUUUUAUCAACGUUUUGUGGACGACUCUGGAGCCUGUACAAAAAUAGGGACCCAGCAAGACAUUCUCCAAUCCCUUAACAGUUUUCAUCCCAGUAUCCAAUUCACAAUCGAAUCUGAAGAAAACAUGCAAAUCCCUUUCUUGGAUGUACUUUUAUCAAGAGACGAAGAUGGCACAAUCCAUAAAAAAGUUUACAGAAAACCGACACACACAGGAAGAUAUCUUAACUACCACUCAUACCAUCACCCAUCACAAAAGAUAGCCGUAAUUGAUGCUCUAACUUAUCGAGCACUGAAAAUUUGCGAUGAUGAGUUUUUAGAAGAAGAACUACAAACUAUAACUGAAUCAUUAAAACAGAACGGUUAUCCAAGAAACCUAAUUCAAAAAAGAAUCAACAGAAUGAAAACCAAAUUCCAAAACCAACUCAACACAGACCAAAUUCCCGAAGAAAAACCUCCUAGGAUCAUCCUUCCUUACAUGACCAAUCACACAUCGACUAACAUCCUAUCUACGCAAAAAACUGAAUUGUGA